AUGUCACCUUAUCGUCUAAUCUUUGGGAAGAUGUGCCACCUGCCGGUUGAGUUAGAGCAUCGCGCAUAUUGGGCCGUGAAAGAAGUGAAUAAGCAGUUGCCUAAGUGUGAGGAGGAAAGAAAGUUUCAACUUCAAGAAUUUGAGGAGAUUCGUCUUGAAGCAUAUGAUGCAGCCAUGUGGUAUAAAGAGCGCACUAAGAUGUGGCAUGACAAGAAUCUGCGAGGGAAAUCCUUGAAGGUCGGGCAAAAGGUACUCUUGUUCCAAUCGAAGCUGCGUUUAAUGCCCGGAAAGUUGAAGACAAAAUGGGUUGGUCCGUUCGUGAUUCAGUCUGUCUACCCCAAUGGGGCGUUUGAGAUACGCAGCCUAGAUACGGCGAAGACAUUCACCGUGAAUGGACAACGUUUGAAGCCGUUUUAUGAUGCCUCUUCUUUAGUUCCAGCGGAGUCUGUUUCGCUGUUGAACUGCCUUCACUAUCAUCCAUUUACUUAUCAAAGUAAACUUGUGGCUUCCUAUCUUCCGACGGGUUGCAACUCCAAUACUUUGAUUCUCAUUCCGAAGAAAGAGACGGUGAAUUCAGUUACUGAUCUGAGGCCUAUUGUGCUUUCGAAUUUCCUUUUCAAAAUCAUUUCGAAAGUUUUGGCUACGAGGCUGAGCAGUGUGGCGGCGGAGUUGGUCUCCAAGCACCAGUUUGGUUUUGUUAGCGGUCGUUCCAUUCAUGACUGCAUUAUGCUUGGUUCUGAGGGGGUGAACUGCCUCAAGCGUUCUCAUGGGGGGAUUAACAUGGCUUGUAAGAUUGAUAUCAGAAAGGCUUUUGAUACCUUACGUUGGGAUUUUCUUCUUAAGGUUUUGCGAGUUGGAGGCUACUCUGAAACUUUCAUCAGAUGGAUUGAUAUUAUUCUUCGUUCUGCUAGACUUUCAAUUCUUUAUAACAACAAUCUUUGUGGUUAUUUUCAGUGUUCUAGAGGCGUCAGGCAGGGGGAUCCUUUGUCCCCAAUUUUAUUUGGAAUUGCUGAAGAUGUGCUCAGUGUCCUCUUCCAGAAUUGUGUUGAUUCUGGUAAUCUUGUUCCAAUGAAAAUUACCAGAGGUACUGCUUUCCCUACUCAUCUUCUUUAUGCAGAUGAUAUUUUGGUGUUUGGUCGUGCAACGACUGCGAAUGCUCGUAAGAUCACUCAUAUUUUGGAGUUUUAUGGCUCUAUUUCCGGUCAGAUCUGUUCUAUGGAGAAAUCUCACGUUUAUUUUGGGGACAAGACUCCUAACAGGUUGAAACGUCAUAUCAUUAAUAUUUUGAAGUUCAGGAAGGGAUCUCUGCCGUUCAAUUAUCUAGGCGUGCCGAUUUUCUCUGGGCGGGUCAAAGCCUCUUUCUUGCGUGCAAUUCAUGAUCGGAUUAUUCUCAAGUUUGCUAGAUGGAAGGGCAUGCAGCUUUCUAUGGCUGGUAGAAUUUGUUUGGCGAAGUCUGUGAUUCAGAGUUCUAUUACGCAUUCUAUGAUGGUUUAUCGCUGGCCGAGAAGUCUUAUUAAGGAGCUGGAUUUGAAGUGUCGGAAUUUUAUCUGGACUGGCGAUGUCUCCAAGAGACCCAACUGCCCGGUUCGUUGGGCGAGGGUGUGUGCUAUUAAGGAGGAGGGUGGUCUUGGAAUUUGUUCAUUUGAUAUUAUGAACAAGAGCUACUUGAUGAAGAUGGCGUGGAACAUUAUUGGUGGGCAGAGUUUCAGUCAUCAGAUUAUGCGAAGUAGAUAUUUGACGCCGCUUUGCCGUCCCACCAAGGCGGCGGCAUCUUCGAUCUGGUUGGGCUUGAGGCCGGAAAUCACUGAGUUAGUUGAUGAUGCUUAUUGUUAUGUGGGUGAAGGAACUUCGAUCAAUUUUUGGAAAGAUGAUUGGCUUGGUUACUCUCUUGUGAAGCGCUGUGGUGUCCCGGAUUUUCUUUUACAGACGCUGACUUGCUCAGUGGCGGAUUAUUUUUAUGAAGGAACUUUAUCGUUUGUGAUAUCCUGCUUCUUCCUGUCGGGGAAGGUUCGGAUAAUAGGUUUUGGAAGAGUUCUGUGCAUGGUACGGUCUCUGCUGCCGCAGCUUUCUCAAAACGCUAUCAUGGGUUUCCUUCUGUUAAGUGGGGUUCUUGGAUUUGGGAAAAUUUCAUCCCGGUUCUGGCAAUGCAGCGAGCUUAGACAUGUUUGGGAGGAAUUCCUAAACUGGUUUAAUUUUAAUGGUGAACAUGUUGAUAUCCAUAGUUUCUUAGUUGCAGCGUGGAAUCAUAAGCCUAGCUCUCAAGUUCUGACGUACUGGAAGGCUGGUAUUAUUUAUCUUCUUUGGGCAAUUUGGCAUCAAAGAAACGAGUGUGUGUUCAAAGGGAAGGUUUUUAGCAGGCAGCGUUUGCUUCAACACAUUAGGAUUGAUUUUAAAGAAGUUGAAGCUAACUUCAGCAAGUUGGGUUGUAUGAAUAACAGUUGGUCGGAUUAUUUGAUUAUUAGGAGGAUUGGGGUGGCCUCUAGAGUCUCGCCGCCUCCUAUUUUUGUGAAUGUGCAUUGGUGGCCUCCGAUUCUACAGUGGAUUAAGGUCAACACUGAUGGCUCUGCUUUGGGAGCUCCGGGGAAGAUCGCUGCUGGCGGGGUUUUUCGGGAUAAUCAUGGUUGUGUCCGUGGGUGUUUUCAUCAAGAUGGCGGCAAAGGGUUUGCCUUUGAAGCAGAGCUUCUUGCGGUCAUUCUCGCGAUUCAAAUUGCGCAUGAGCGGAACUGGAGGUUUUUAUGGGUGGAAUCAAAUUCUACUUAUAUUGUGAAUCUUUUUGGAAGGCGGGAUAAUUUGGUUCCGUGGCGCUUCGUGGCUGCUUGGAAGAAGACCUUGGGUUUGCUUAGAGAUUUCAACUUGCAGGUCACUCAUAUUUACAGGGAGGGCAAUAAGCCGGCGGAUAUUAUGGCAAGCGAUGUGGUGCCAAAUGGUUGGUGGCUCCAUGCGAUUGAGGCUAUCAAGACGGCGCUAGGUCUUGACAUGGCUUCUCACAGCCACGUUCGUUUACGUUAUUGA